CAAACAAACCGGGCGUACAAAAGAACCCAAAGCGAGCACAAAAGAGCGCGGAGGGCCCACAAUGGAGCUUGCGUCCUCCACCGCUUGGGUGCGGCUCGUGUCCCUUAAUCUAAAACUCUCUAAUGCAUCGCCCUUCGGGCGAAGCUGCCAUUUUCUUUUCAUCGGCGUACUUUUGGAGUUGUCGCUGCACUAGAAGUUUUCCUUCCGCAAGAGCCAAGAUACCGUCUCGGCGGCAACUAUCGCUCUUGACUUGCCUAAUACGCGUCGGUCGGUGUCAUUUGCACGCGUGCAAGGUCGGCGCUAUCUGAAGGAACGUCUCCCAAGAACUUGAGCGUCUCCCACGAAUUGUCGCGAUUUCAGCAUACCCGUCAGUGAUUGUUGCGUGCUGCAUGGAUGCGUAACAAAUGUGCAUAUCUUGAUCUCGCAUUCCCUUGAUCACGCUGCGCACAAGUUGAAUUAUUCCUUGCUGUGCGAAACACUGCCGACUGCGUUCCGUUUGCUCCGGCGAGGUGCAUUUGGAAACACAAGACUCGCGAUUCGUGUCCCUGCUCGAAUGCUUUGCGCCUGCUGUUGCAGACAUGGUAUAUUCAACCAUACGUGCACCUACUCUGAGCGCCAUUGCCCUGACUGCCACAACUGUGGGCGGAGCAGUGGGUGUUGCGACUUACUUCUGGCUAAAACGCAAGGUCAGAGACAGUGACAACUUUGUGCCCGUGGGGCACUUGACCAACAUUGUGAUUCACCCAAUCAAGUCUAUUGCUGGAGUAGAGGUGCCUUAUGCAGACUGCACAGUGGCUGGACCAGUCUACAGAGGGCUCAAGGACAGGCACAUGCUCGUUGUCAAGGGCGACUGCUUUGUCUCCAUGCGCGAAGAGCCACGCCUCGGCAAGAUUAGAGUCGACUUCGAUGAGGACAAGCUGACACUGACACUGACAGUUGAUGGCUAUCCACCACUCAUAUUGGAUGCUUGUGACCCUGAAGAGCACAAAAAACCUUCGUUCACCGUCAGGGUUCGAAAGUUCAGUUAUAAAGCCAAUGAAGUGUCCGAAGAAGCCUCAGAUUGGUUCAGGAACUACCUCAAGCAUGACGAUGUUCGUCUGGCGAGGGUUGUUCUUGACCGAGAGACCAUCAUUCCAAGCAAGAAUGGUGCUGCUCCGGUGGCCUUCCAAGAUGAAUCAUCAUUUCACGUCCUCUCAAAGGCAUCCCUCGAUGGGCUGUUGUCAAAGCUGCCUGCAGACAGUGACAUUCAACAGCGCAAUUUUCGACCCACACUUUUCAUAGACGGCUGUGAAGCCCAUGCAGAGGACCACUGGCGACGCUUCAGGAUCUCAGGCGCAGAGAUGGAAUUCUUAAGCCGCACACCUAGGUGUAUCUUGACGACGGUAGAUCAAGACACAGGCAUUAGAACUGACAAAGAGCCACUUGUGACACUGCGAAAGUACAGAAUUGACAGGACUGAAGAAGGAGUGAAGAAGUAUGAAUUGCAACCACUUUUUGGUGUGGGCGCAUUGCCCAUCAGAGAUGGCCGAAUCACGGUCGGAGACGAAGUCUAUGCUCUGCUGUCCCCGAACUCAUUACUGUGAGCAGUACAAUUUCGGACAGAAAAGUGCUACUGUGCUGCCUCUUGGUUAAUAAUAUAACAAACUUUUUCUUCCCA